AUGUCUCUUGAACUAACAGAAUAUGUUACGCGUCCAGGGGUAGGCCAAGUUGGCAAAAAGAUUCGUGUUCGCAGUAACUUUUUUGAAAUCACCACUAUUCCUACCCAAAACGUCACCCACUAUAAUAUUUCGAUCGAUCCUCCAAGCGCACCACCCGCUGUUUUUCGAAAGGUCUGGAAGGCAUUUGAGGACCUUCAUGGUCAGUCACUUUUAAAAGGAAUCAAAACCGUGUAUGAUGGGCGCAAAAACGUAUUUUCUCCGAAACCACUACCUUUUGGAUCGGAUCAUGCUGUUCAAUUCGAGGUAGAACUUCAGGAUUCAGAAGCUGCCUCAAAGCGUGCUGCUGGCACGUUCAAGAUCCGCAUUAAAAAAGCAGGGGAGAUUAACAUGGAAGAGCUACAGCGAUUUUUGAGUGGUCAAGCAAGUUUGACACCCAAUUGCCUUACUUGUAUCAUGGUGCUUGACGUACUUGUACGCCACAUGCCCAGUAUGAUGUAUGCUACCGUUGGGCGAUCAUUUUUCACUCCUCAAGACAAACGUGUUCUACCAAACGGUGCUGAAGUUUGGCAAGGAUUUUAUCAAUCAGCACGACCAGCUGUUGGCAAAAUGAUGAUUAAUGUAGAUGUCAGCGCUACAGCAUUUUAUGAAAGCGAUACGCUGCCCAAUGUAGUGGCCAAGAUUCUUGGUCGACGUUCUAUCGAUGAGUUACGACGAGGCAUCAGCGACCGCGAUCGAUCACGAUUGGAAAAAACGCUGAAAGGAAUCAAAGUACAAGUCAUGCAUCGUGGCGAGCAUAAACGUAAAUACAAAAUUCUUAAGCUUGCACCGAGCUCAGCAGAUCGCACCAUGUUCAGAGAUGUGAUGGAUGAUCAAGCUGAGGAGAUGAGCGUCACCACCUAUUUCCAUCAGCAAUACAAUAUGCGUCUCGCCUAUGGUUUUCUCCCAUGCAUCGUUGUCAAGAGAGAUAUCUUUCUUCCUAUGGAGGUUUGCCAUGUAGUGCCUGGUCAACGAUUUAUGAAAAAGUUGAACGAAAAGCAAACAGCGGAAAUGAUAAAGUUCACAUGCCAAAAACCACAAGUGCGUGCCAACAAGAUCAAUCAAGGAUUCAACAUGCUCCAAUAUCGCAACAAUCCAUACAUUCAGCAAUUUGGAAUGAAUAUCAAGAGCGAAAUGGCAAUGGUUUCUGCUCGUGUGCUACCAACGCCGCAAAUUUCUUACUCUCAGGCAAGCCAGGAUGGUACAUUUGCGCCGAUUGGUGGUGCUUGGAAUUUGCGUGGCAAAAAAGUUGCCCAAGGUGCUGUGCUCGGCUCAUGGUCCGUGGUUAAUUUUCAUGCACAAGUUACAACUCCGGCUAUCCAACGAUUUAUUCGUGAACUCUGUCAAACAUUUACUGAUACAGGUUUGACCGUGGUGAAUCGAACACCACCCAUCACGUAUGGCGACCCACAAGGGAACGUUGAUCGCACACUAAAAGAAGCAUGGCUCAAGGCAGGCAACGCAUCCAAGGCAACACCACAGCUCAUUCUAUGCAUCCUACCAAAUACAGGCGUUCCUCUUUACGCUGAGAUAAAACGGAUUUCGGAUACAGUGAUUGGUAUUCCUACACAAUGUGUACAAAGCAAACACAUCAACGAUGCCAAAAAACAAUAUUGCGCGAACGUUUGCCUCAAAGUGAACAUGAAGCUAGGUGGUAUGAACUUGUAUCUCUCUCCUCAACAAAUCCCAUUCAUCUCCGAACGACCCACCAUUGUCUUUGGAGGCGAUGUAACACAUCCCGCCCCAGGUGAUAUGAAUCGUCCUUCUGUUGCUGCAGCCACUGCCAGUAUGGAUGCUCGUGCUUCAAGAUACGCCAGCGCAAUACGUGUCCAAACCAACCGAACAGAAAUCAUUGCUGAUCUUGCCAAUAUGGUUAAGGAGCUUUUAAAAGGGUUCUAUCAGUCUUGCGGUCAAAAACCUGAACGAAUCCUUUUUUAUCGGGAUGGUGUUUCAGAAGGACAAUUUAAGGCAGUACUUGACAAUGAGGUUUCGGCUAUCCAAGCUGCAUGUACAUCUCUGGAUCAACAUUACAGCCCAAAGAUCACUUUUGUGGUCGUGCAAAAGCGGCACCAUGCUCGAUUUUUCCCAGUAGACCCGCGAGACGCUGAUCGUACUGGCAAUUGUCAACCUGGUACUGUUGUCGAUACGGACAUUGUACAUCCUUUCGAAUUUGACUUUUAUCUACAAUCUCAUGCUGGUCUUCAAGGCACAUCGAGACCCACCCAUUAUCAUGUACUAUAUGAUGAUAACCGCUUCACGCCUGAUUCACUCCAAGAGCUCACCUAUCGCUUAUGCUACAUCUACGGAAGGGCCACACGUUCCGUAUCAAUUGUUCCUCCUGCAUACUAUGCUGAUUUGGUAGCUGCUCGUGCACGAUUUCAUAGGCGAGGCGAAAACUGGUCCGACACAGAAGCGACAUCAGAGUCUCUCGAUUCUGAGCAACAGAUUGCCAGCUUCGCUGCUGUCAAACCAGAGCUCCAAAAAUUGAUGUAUUAUAUGUAG